AUGGAAUUAACUCAGAAUACUAUUGACUCUCUAUACAAACAAUUCAGUUCUCUCUCCUUACUAUCUCAAAAGACUACUAAAGAACUUGAUGAGAUGUAUCAUCAUUUAGCCAUUCAAGAAAAUUCCUUAUUAAAUCAAUUUAUUGAUCACUAAACAAUCAAUGAAUCAGAAUUAAAGUAUCUACUAUAUUAUAAUCAAAACAAAUAGAUUAAUUCAUCGUUUCCUUGCAAGAAUUUUGGAAUCCUAUUAGCUAAUGUUAAUCAAAAGAUAAAUCAUAAGAUCAAAAAAUUCUAAGUUUCUAUUUUCUAUUUACAAUUUUUAAACUUAAAAGCUAGAUACUAAAACUUUACUUAUGAAUUCAUUAAUUUCUGUUGUCUAUUAAGAAUGUCGACUUUAAAUUGAAUUAAUCUUAAAUAGACAACAAGAUGCUUAAAUCAAAAGAGUAAUACUCUAUCAAUUUUAAGUUGCACAGUCAGGAUAGUAAUCGUCAAGAACAAGAAAUCCAAAAUCAAUUUUAUUCUAUGGAAGUUACAAAUAAAAAACAUAUCCAAAAUGAGUGGUCAAAUAAUAUCAAAAAUAAUCAAAAUUUGAACUACUUCUAUACAAAAAUUUUUCCAAAAUAAUAUGAAAUCAUUGAAACAGCUAACAAGUAAUUUUUAAUAUAUAUCAACCUAGAAUUUAAGAAGAAUAAAUUCUUUAUUUUUAAAGUAGAUAAUAAAAUAUGGAUAGAAUUUAUAAGCAAUUAAUUUCAUAAAACGAACAUAUUUAAUAAUCAUUAAAUUGGUCUUUAGAUAUUGAUCUAGAUAGUUAUAAUUAAAUAAUUUAAAAAAAAUUAUCAUAAAUUAAACUAACUUAAUUAACCACCUAAUAACUAUCCAAUCAUUCUUCUCCUAUCAAACCUACUUAACGAUCCAACAAAUCUAUCAAAUAAAACACUCCCAUCAGUCCUUACAAGAAUAUUAAUAAUUUAACUAAAAUGCCAUAGAUAUAUAACAAAUAGAGAAGCAUGUCAUAAAAUGUAAUUUAAGUGAAUUAUUAUUUAAGAAUUCUGUUGUUUAAUCUGCUUAAUUUAAAGGACAUUCUCAAAAUACAAGUUUACAUUAAAAAUAAAAUUAUUUAGAUUCAUCCAUAGUUUUUGCUAAACUAAUUGAAAAUUAUAAAUAAAAUUUAUUGGAACUCAAUAAAGUUAGAGUUGAAUCGAAAUCAAAAAAAUAAAUAUGUUCGGUUCUUAAAAGCAAAUAAUUGAUAGAUCUUAUACCAAAACAUAACUCUAAACUAAAACCAAGAGAAACAAAAAACUACAUGUGA